UAUAUAAAAAAUCAAGAACGACUAUUCUAGGGUUUCCAUUUCCGAUUUACUGAAUCCUAACUUUCCGGUUGCCCUCCUUCGGAUUUAUGUGUGAUUUUGGGGUGCCAUUAAUUCUCUCUCUGUCCCAAUUGGCGCGGCGGUGCUGAUGGGGAACAAGGCCACGCAAGAAACCAUUGACACCGUACGCUCCAUUGUCGGCGACGAAUUUUCCGACAUGGACAUAAUUCGGGCUCUACACAUGGCCAACAACGACCCGACCGCCGCAAUCAACAUCAUUUUCGACACCCCGAGAAUUUCCAAGAAACCAGAUAUUUCUAAAAGGUCUGACCCCGAGUCCCCUAAAAGCAAUUCGAAUGUGGAGCCCGUUGUCGCUGUAUCAUCUAGUAUAAAGGGGAAUAGUGUUAAUGGGUCUGGGAAUUGUGAGCCUGAAUUGAAACACAGCGGCAGUUCAACCACUGUGACAGGGAGAAGCAACGGAGAGGUUAAUGAUGGACCUGGCAAUCGAUUGGGGGAUGAACUUGGAAGUGAGUGGUGGUUUGUUGGUAAUGGCGAGAUAUCUGGGAUGUCCACUUGUAAAGGGAGGGUCUUGAACCCUGGUGAUGAAGUGAAUUUCACUUUAUCGGCGGAGAAGAAGUUGGCAGCGCCAUCACCGGGGAAGUUAGGGGGCGGACGGGGACGACAUGCCGGAGCAUGCUCCGAAAUUGUACGGUUUUCUACCAAAGCUUGCGGAGAGAUUGGUCGCAUUCCAAAUGACUGGGCUCGAUGUCUUUUACCUCUUGUGAGGGAAAAGAAGGUUCGUAUUCAAGGGUACUGCAAAUGUGCUCCUCCCUUACUGGGGAUUAUGGAUACUGUUGUCUUAUCUAUCAGUGUGUAUAUAAAUGGCUCCAUGUUCCAAAAUCAGCAUCAAAAUUCUCUCAAAGUUGCCAGCAGUUCUUCAGAUGAAUCAACUGUUUACCCACUCCCCACUUUGUUCAAGUUGCUUGGACUCACCCCAUUUAAGAAGGCUGAAUUUACACCCAGAGAUUUGUACUCGCGGAAGAGACCUUUGAAUUCUGAGGACAGUUCUGGUUUAUCUUCAUCUUUCCUGCAUAUAAAUAAGUUCAAGAGCACAACUUCUUGUGGUGGAGAUAGUGUUGAAAAUGAGGAGUCAAUUUCAGACAAUGAUCUUGACAAAAUUGUUGGUGUUACUGAUGGUUCCCAGUUGGAGGAGAUUGAACCACCCAGCACUCUGCUCUGUGAUCUUCGCCCUUACCAGAAGCAAGCUCUUAAUUGGAUGAUUCAGCUGGAAAGGGGACAUGGUGUGGAUGAGGCUGCAGUCACACUGCACCCGUGUUGGGAUGCUUACCGCCUUGCUGACAAGAGGGGACUGGUUGUAUACCUCAACUCCUUUUCAGGCAAUGCAACAACAGAAUUCCCCAGUACACGUCAGAUGGCUAGGGGAGGAAUUUUGGCAGAUUCCAUGGGACUCGGGAAGACAAUCAUGACUAUAUCACUUCUUCUCAUGUAUCCUGAAAGAAGUGGAUUCUUUAGCAGUUCAUCUACUCGCCAGUCCUCUAAUGAUGACUGUGAUGCUAGCUCAGAUAAAUCUCCUGUACCUCAAAAGAAAGUAUCAAAGUUUGCUUGUUUUGAGAAGCCAAUGAAAAAAAAAGCCUCUCUUGUUGGAGGCAGUAAUCUCAUUAUAUGCCCAAUGACACUUAUCGGCCAGUGGAAGACAGAGAUUGAAACACAUGCUCAAGCUGGGGCCUUGUCACUUUAUGUUCACUAUGGUCAAAGUAGAUCUCAAGAUGCCAAAGUUCUAGCACAAAGUAGUGUUGUGUUAACUACCUAUGGAGUGCUGGCUUCAGAAUUUUCUUCAGAGAAUGCACAGGACAAUGGAGGAUUGUUUUCCGUUAAAUGGUUUAGAGUGGUUCUUGAUGAGGCGCAUACCAUAAAAUCGUCUAAAAGCCAAAUUUCUAUGGCUGCAACUGCUCUUGCCGCUGAUUGUCGAUGGUGCCUUACAGGUACACCCUUGCAGAACAAGUUGGAGGAUGUUUACAGUCUUCUUCGAUUUUUGAAGAUUGAACCAUGGGGAAAUUGGGCUUGGUGGAACAAGCUAGUCCAGAAACCUUUUGAGGAGGGUGACGAAAGGGGAUUAAAGUUGGUUCAAUCUAUUUUAAAACCAAUCAUGUUAAGACGGACAAAGUCUAGCACUGACCGAGAAGGAAGGCCAAUUUUAGUCCUACCACCUGUGGAUAUUAAAGUGAUCUAUUGUAAUCUCACUGAAGCAGAAAAUGACUUUUAUGAAGCAUUGUUUAAAAAAUCAAAGGUGAAGUUUGAUCAAUUUGUAGAACAAGGUCGGGUUCUUCAUAACUAUGCUUCAAUUUUGGAACUGCUCUUACGCCUUCGUCAAUGUUGCGACCAUCCAUUUCUUGUUAUGAGUCGAGGUGACACACAGGAAUACUCUGACUUGAAUAAACUUGCAAAACGUUUCCUACGAGGUGGUCUGGACAAUGAAGAUGGACAGAACAAAGAAGCCCCAUCCCAUGCCUAUAUUCAGGAAGUUGUCGACGAGUUAAGCAAAGGGGAGCAAGGAGAGUGCCCAAUAUGCCUAGAAGCUUUCGAAGAUGCAGUAUUGACACCUUGUGCUCAUCGACUAUGCCGAGAAUGUCUUCUGACAAGCUGGAGAGGCUCAACAUCUGGCCUUUGUCCUGUUUGUAGGAAGACCGUUAGCAAGCAGGAGCUCAUCACUGUCCCAACCCAAUGUCGCUUCCAAGUUGAUGUUGAGAAGAACUGGGUUGAGUCAUCGAAAGUUUCUGCGCUCAUGCAAGAACUCGGACGUCUGCAAUCACUGGGGUCUAAAAGUAUCAUCUUCAGUCAAUGGACUGCCUUUUUGGAUUUAUUGCAGAUUCCUCUUUCUCGGAGUAAGAUUCCAUUCCUUCGUCUAGAUGGGACCCUCAACCAGCAACAGCGAGAGAGAGUAAUAAAGCAAUUUUCAGAUGAAGACAACAUCAAGGUGCUUCUCAUGUCGCUCAAGGCUGGUGGGGUUGGAAUAAAUCUAACCGCAGCAUCUAAUGCUUUUGUAAUGGAUCCAUGGUGGAAUCCAGCUGUUGAAGAACAAGCAGUUAUGCGCAUUCAUCGUAUAGGUCAAGCUAAAAGCGUGAUGAUCAAACGGUUUAUUGUGAAGGGAACGGUGGAGGAACGAAUGGAGGCAGUUCAAGCAAGAAAGCAAGAAAUGAUAUCCGGUGCUCUCACUGACCAAGAAGUUCGAAGUGCCCGUAUACAAGAACUCAAAAUGCUCUUCACUUGAUGACCCACCCCCCCCCCCCUCCCCAAAUCAUCAUCAUCAGCGCCUAUUUAACAAAGAUAAAUGAGAUUGAAGGAAUUCCAACCAACGACAAGAUAUUUUAUUCGGAUGGAUUCUCAAGUUGAGGUGAUGUUCUUUUUAUAAAAUCAGUACUCAUUUGUUAAUGAAUGGUUGUGCUGAUAGUAUAGAACAACAAUAUGGACACGGACACGGACAUGGACAGAUUUGUCAGUUUAGGCGGUUAGUUGUUAGCAUUGUCAAUAUUCCAAGUUAUCUUUUUA